ACUCGCCCUUUGAUCGGUGGAACCAAUCACAGUGCGGUUGGUUGACCCGCCGGCCAAUGAGAGUUGAAGGGGUUUUGCGCAGCCCGUCGCUAGGACGUGGGGUGGGGGCCCGGAGUGGCCGCUGGCCGAGGGCUGAGAGCUGAGGCCUGGCUUCCUCUGUCCGGCCUCCUCCGUCCCUGUGCCCCAGCCCGCCACCAUGCCGUAUUACGGCUCGGAGGACACGGUGAAGGAGCUGAGGCGGGCCCUGUCCAACCCCGGCGUCCAGGCGGACAAGCUGCGGUACAGGAACCUGGUGCUGCGGGUGAUCCGCUACAUGACCCAGGGGCUGGACGUCUCCGCCCUCUUCAUGGAGAUGGUGAAGGCCGGCGCCACCUCGGACAUCGUGCAGAAGAAGCUGGUCUACCUGUACAUGUGCACGUACGCUGCCCUGAAACCCAACCUGGCGCUUCUGGCCAUCAACACCCUGCGGAAGGACAGCACCGACCCCAACCCCAUGGUCAGGGGUCUGGCGCUGAGGAGCAUGUGCAGUCUCAGAAUGCCUGGCAUAAGUGAAUAUAUUCAGCAGCCAGUGUUGAAUGGAUUGAGAGAUAAGGCAUCCUAUGUCAGACGAGCAGCAGUCCUGGGAUGUGCUAAAAUGCAGACUUUUCCGGGAGACACAGAAGUUGAUGGGGCAAUGGUAAAUGAACUAUAUGCAAUGCUGCGUGACCCUGAUCCUAUUGUUAUGGUAAACUGCUUGAGAGCAUUGGAAGAAAUCUUGAAACAUGAAGGAGGUGUGGUGAUCAACAAACCAAUAGCGCAUCAUCUUUUAAACAGAAUGAAAGACUUGGAUCACUGGGGUCAGAGUGAAGUGCUGACGUUCCUAGUUCGCUACAAGGCCCGAACUGAAGAUGAAGUGUUUGCUAUUCUGAAUGUGCUCGAUGGUUUUCUCAAGAGCAGCCAGCCCAAUGUCGUCAUGGCGACCACCAAACUUUUCCUCCUCCUAGCUGAAGAUUUCCCCAAUGUACAGACGGACAUUCUUGAAAGAAUUAAAGGGCCAUUGUUGACUAUCUGCACCUCUGAGUGCCAUGAACUCUGCUUUCUCGGCCUGUGUCAUGCGCGGGAGAUCCUCCGCAGCUUACCUGGACACUUCAGUGGUCACUACAAGAAGUUCUACUGCACGUACUCUGAACCAAAUUACAUCAAAUAUCAGAAGAUGGAGAUCCUGCGCGAUCUGGUAAAUGAUGAGAAUGUCCAGCAGAUACUUGAAGAGCUUCAGACCUACUGCACUGAUGUUUCUGUAGAACUAGCCCAGAUGGCCAUUUUAAACAUAGGACGAAUUGCACAGACGUACAAUGAAAAGUGUGUGAUUAUUUUGAAGGGGCUGCUGGGCUUGAAGCAGGAACACAUUACUUCAGCUGUCAUUCAGACAUUUCGUGACCUCGUAUGGCUGUGUCCCCAGUGUACAGUGACUGUGUGUGAGGCACUACCAGGCUGCGAGGAAUACGUCAAAGAUGGUGAGGGGAAGCAGGCUCUAAUCUGGCUCCUCGGUGUGCAUGGCGAGCACGUUCCCAAUGCUCCCUACAUAUUGGAGGAGUUUGUGGAUAAUGUGAAAAUGGAGACCUCUGCAGCAGUGAAGCUGGAGCUGCUGACAGCGAUGGUGCGCCUGUUCGUGACCCGGCCAGCUGAAUGUCAAGACGUCUUGGGCAGACUGCUGCAUUACGUUAUUGAGGAAGAGUUGGAUAUGGUUGUGCGUGAUCGUGGGUUAUUGUACUAUCGGUUACUUCAGCAAGGAGUUGAAGAGGUCAAGCAAAUAGUCUGUGGGCCAAGAUCGGAUCCAUCCUUGGGUGUAAUCAGUGGCCGGGCCAAUGAGGCAGUCAAUGCUUGGGCAAAAGACUUUAACACACUGAUACCAAUCUAUGGUCAGGAACAUUGGAAUUGUAUAAUGGCACAGAAGGAAAGCUCCUUUGGAAAUCUACAGGGACUAGAAAUAACCUCUGAAAAAGACUCAAACCCAGAACACAACAAAGAGUUGGUCCUGGAUUCUGCAUCAGUCAGUUUGGAAAGCAGUGCCCAGCUUGCACCAGAACAGUUUGAGGAGUACUGGACAUGCCUGGAGGAUGCCAAAGUUGUGACUCUGGGCUGGCAGAAGGACCCAUGCCCUGAUGCCAUCCAGGCUGCUUUUCAGAUUGUUCACAUUCAGCCUAUUGCGAUCAGCCGAGCAGGAGCACAGCCCUGGAAAGCCUACCUGUUUGCCAGAAAUGAGACUGGGUCAUUGUUUUUAACAGAGCUGUUAAUUGACGCUAGCAGAAGGAGUUUACAAAUUACUGUUAAACAAAAGAAUAGUAGUGAAGAGCUGCUCAGCAGUUUCAUCGCUGUUAUUAGGUCUGUGAUGCAGACCUUGGGCAAGUCUGAAGAUCUUGAAGACUCUUCAUUAGCCACAUAAGAGCAACAGUCGUCUUGCUGAGAUGGAAGUUUUUGUUACCCAUUGCUGUAAUAAGCAUAAGUGGAGAAAAAUAAGUUGUGUUUACUAACAGAUAUAACAAGACAUACACCAGUCUUGUUCAGGCAUACUGCUCUGUUUAGUGUUUUUAUUAAAAAUGUGGAAUUUCCAACAGUUUUUCAUUUCCUCAGUACUGCACUAGUGUCCAGGGAGGUUCUCUGCUUGUCAGGGAGUUUGAACUGCUCAACAUCCUUGGAGCCAAGGCAGCUGCCUGCAGGAUGAACUAACAUUAGGGUUUACUUGGGUCACACGGAGGUGUAUGGCUUUGGUUCCUUGAAUAGUUUUGUGGCUGAAUGCAUGGACUGAAGAAAUGGGUGUUAUUCAGGUUUCAUCCUAUGUUUGUGAUGUCCCUGAGUUCUAUUUAAGCUUGUUCCUCCUGGGGUAGUCAUUCAUGGUACCUGUCUGCUUGCUAUUUUUCAGCUAUUGUGAGGAUUGGGCUUGGCUGUGAUAUCUGUCUUAGUCUUCCCAACAUCCACAGUUUAAGGCAAUGCAUGGAGAAUGAUGCUUUGUCAUGGUUUUGGAUAGCAGCUGUUUCUGGUUGUUAUUAGAAAGGUGAUUAAAAUGCAUUAUAGUGAACAGAAGGAGCUUGUUAACCAGUUUUGGUUAUCUGUAAUUUACAGCAGUUUUUUAAAAGGAGUUUUACUCUUCACUGCCCCUCCUAUGCCAGGUGGAGAUAAUUUCUCCUUUGUUUAGUACUGAACUUCACGGUGCUUGUAAUGAAUCAGCCUUCUAGUAUAGAAUCUAGAGCUUGUUCAUUGUAGCCAAUCCUUGCAUAUUAGUUUGAGAUUUGAGAUGUUGUAGAAAUACUAUUGUUUGCACCCUAUGAAUAAACAGAAGUGCAUGUUGCACAUUUUCAAGUAGUGACAGCUGUGGUGUUCUUUGUAUUACAAAGCCUUUUCCAAUAAAAGCUGUUCUGUACCUGAGACAAUUCUAUCAGAUGCUUGAUUGUGACCUCUCUGUUUGGAUAGUUGGAACAGCAUUUCUGUAAAUGCACCAGCAGAUUAAACAAAAACACAAGAAAAUAGCAGGAGUAGGGCACCAAGCCCCCCAAGCCUGCCCUGCCAUUCAAUAUGAUCACGGUUAAUCUAUGCUAGCCUCCAAUCCUCUUCUGUGCCAUUUCCCUGUAACCUUCAACUCCUCAAUCUUUCUGCACCUCGAAUAUAUCUAACAUAUAAGACUCUUUCCCAGGGCAACAAUGGCUAACAUGAGGGGAUAUAAUUCUAAGGUGAUUGGAGGAAGGUAUAAGGGGGAUGUCGGGUAAGUUUUUUUACACAGUGCUGUGUGUGUGGACCACACUGCCGGCAGAGGUUGUGGGGGAAGAUACAUUAGGGACAUUUAAGAGACUCUUAGACACACGAAUGAUAGAAAAAUAGGGGGCUAUGUGGGAGGGAAGGGUUGGAUAGAUCUUAGAGCAGGAUAAAAUGUCGGCUCAAUACUGUGGGCUGAAGGGCCUGUACUGUGCUGUAGUGUUUUAUGUUCUAAAGGGAGAAUCCAGACUGCAAACCCAACUUGUCUGAACCACAAAGAUCAACUCCCACCCCAAUUUGAUUUCACCAGGGAUGCCCAGUGAAGUCCACACUCGGAACAUUUUAAUGUUUCCAUCAGCAAUCCUAAAGUGUGACUUGCUUGUGAGCUAAUCUCAAGUGGUAUUCAAAAUAAUCUCAGCUAAGGUCGUCCUACAAAAAGUACUUUGAGCUGAUCCAUUUUGCUGUGUGUCAGGAAAGUAUUUGAUGGCCUUUAUUGCAUUCAGAUGCCAUCACAAGAUUCAUUUAUCUCAUUGUGGCUCUAAUGUGGGCAGCUGUGAAGAAUGAAAGGUUUGGAGUCCUUUACCUAAAGAGUACAAAUGGAUUUUGCUAGAACUGUUUAUAAUCUUACAGAUGCUUCUAUUUACACAAAGGAACAGUAGUUCUUUUUGACAGUCAUGUGUUUUUUCAGUUGAAAGUGGAAAGUUACUAGGGUAAGAGUGAGUGCUUGCAACGUCUCACUCAGUAAGUGUGUUGUGAAAUUUGGGUGCACUUUUUUAAUUGUGGCAGCAGGAAGGAGCAGGCCAGAGGAAGAGCUUAUUUGAAUAAACAAUGUGCCAUAAUUUCUGUACUCCUUUGGGUCACCCCAGUUGCUGAUUAAUGGAACAGUAAAUUGACUAAGGAACGUGUUUCAAGUUCCAAAUAAAGAUGGCAAUUAAUAGUGGGAAGCUGCAAUAAAAUGGCACAUUCAAGUUUGAAAUCCAACAAUAUCUGUCAGGAUAAUUGAUCUGUCAACAUGUGGCAAAAUAAGAUGGGUUUUGUUCUUUGAGAAUCUUGCAGAUUGGAAUAUGGUAAUUUUGGGGGCAUGUUAAGAGAUUCCUACUCGCAUGAGAGCUGUAUCCUAUAACCAUUGGUCUGGAUUACAAGUGUAAUGGUGGCAAAACUGUUGGCUAUUACUCCCAUUAAUUGGUGACACAUUAACUUUGGGUUUUAAUUGUGUGAUAUAUAACAUGGAAAUCCCAAAGUUGCUGUCAUGGAUUUGGUGCAUGUCCCCAUGCUCCACAAUCAAGGGAAUUCACUUAAGCUGAUAUGAAUUUUGGUUAUUUGAACUAGUGCUUAAAAAAUACCUUGCAAAUAUUGUGUUUAUUUACACAAAGACUAUGUUCUUAAUAACUUAAAUCAUUUUAAACUUUGAGCUAUAAUUUUCUCAUGAAUAUUUCAAAAUUUUAAAAGUUCCUAUCUUUUCGUUAUGUAUGAUAUUUGUAAAAAUUAAAAAUUGCUUUUGCCUU